AAAAGUGGUGAUUAUUUUGGUCGUCGAAUGGUGAUUCUAAUCGCGAGUGCCACAUUCACGAUUGGUGCAGUGAUGUGUGGUGCUGCGCCUGAUCGGUGGACGUUGUUUGGCGGUAGAAUUCUGCUCGGAAUUGCAAUCGGUACCGAUUAUUUCAUUUAUGUUGAAUCAUAA